GGGAGCGCACAAAGACCGACGGCUCGGGCGCGUGCGCGGGGCGCGGGGGGGGCCUGGUGGCGUCACGUGAUCGCGGGUCGCGGGCGCGCGGGCGUGGGCGCGAGCGCGCGAGCGACUCGGCGGCGGCGGCGUCUUUUUCCACAGAUCCUGGUCCCUACAAAUAAGCCUGCUCAUGUGAGAUAAGAAAGGAGGAACCAGGAAUUCGUUCUCAGUGUAGAAGACGUAGCCAAGACCUCACUCCAGAGUCUCGGGUCAGAUUUCAGACUGGCUAAGCAUCUCGUACUGCAGCAGAAAAUGACCAUGUUACAGGACUCAUUUUCAUUUGACGAUUUAUCUGUGGACUUCACCCAAAAGGAGUGGCAGCUGCUGGAUCCCUCUCAGAAGAAUUUAUAUAAGGAUGUCAUGUUGGAGAACUAUAGCAGCCUGGUGUCAUUGGGGUAUGAAGCUAUGAAGCCAGAUGUCAUCUUCAAGUUGGAGCAAGGAGAAGAGCCAUGGAUUGGAGAUGAAGAAAUUCCAAGUUCAUGGUCUCCAGACAUCUGGAAAGUAGAUGAUAACAUCAUGUGGCACGAGGAUAACCAAGACCAGCUUAAAAUUAUAAAGAGAGGUCAUGAAUAUGAUGCAUUUGGAAAAAAUUUCAAUCCGAACAUGAACUUUGUUCCUCUAAGUAAAUCAAACAAUGAAGGUGACUUAGAUGGAUUGAUUUUAAAACAUCAUUUAGAUUUGCUUAUUCCAAAAGGAGAUUAUGUAAAAACAGUAUCAGAUGAGUUUAAUGUGUUUGAUAAUUUUUUUCUCCAUUCCAAGCCUGAGGAUACUGAUACUUGGUUAAAAUACUAUGACUGUGAUAAAUAUAAAGAGAGCUAUAAAAAGUCACAGAUUAUCAUAUAUCAUAGAAAUCGUUUAGGGGAGAAACUGUAUGAAUGCAGUGAAUGUAGGAAGCGCUUCACUAAGAAACCAAGUCUCAUUAAACAUCAGAGCAGACAUAUAAGAGACAUAGCCUUUGGCUGUGGUAAAUGUGGCAAAACCUUUCCCCAGAAGUCUCAGUUUGUUACACAUCACAGAACUCAUACAGGAGAAAAACCUUAUAAUUGUAGCCAGUGUGGGAAAGCCUUCUCCCAAAAGUCACAGCUCACAUCCCAUCAGCGGACACAUACAGGAGAGAAACCAUAUGAAUGUGGUGAAUGUGGGAAAGCUUUUUCCCGGAAGUCACAUCUCAUAUCACAUUGGAGAACACACACAGGAGAAAAACCCUAUGGAUGCAAUGAAUGUGGGAGGGCCUUUAGUGAAAAGUCAAAUCUUAUUAAUCAUCAGAGAAUUCAUACUGGCGAGAAGCCUUUUGAAUGCAGGGAAUGUGGGAAAGCCUUCAGCAGGAAGUCACAACUUGUUACCCAUCACAGAACUCACACAGGAACAAAACCCUUUGGAUGUAGUGAUUGUAGAAAAGCCUUUUUUGAGAAAUCAGAGCUUGUUAGACAUCAGACAAUUCAUACUGGAGAGAAACCCUAUGAAUGCAGCGAAUGCCAGAAAGCAUUUAGAGAAAGGUCAAGUCUCAUUAAUCAUCAGAGAACCCAUACAGGAGAGAAACCUCAUGGAUGCCUUCAGUGUGGGAAGGCCUUCUCACAAAAGUCACAUCUCAUAUCACAUCAGAUGACACACACAGGAGAAAAACCCUUUAUAUGUGGUAAAUGUGGGAAAGCCUUCAGCAGGAAAUCACAGCUUGUUAGACAUCAGAGAACUCAUACAGGAGAAAAACCAUAUGAAUGCAGUGAAUGUGGGAAAGCUUUCAGUGAAAAAUUAAGUCUCACUAAUCAUCAGAGAAUUCAUACAGGAGAAAAACCAUAUGUAUGCACUGAAUGUGGGAAAGCCUUUUGUCAGAAGUCACAUCUAAUAUCGCAUCAGAGGACACAUACAGGGGAGAAACCAUAUGAAUGCACUGAAUGUGGGAAGGCCUUUGGUGAGAAGUCAAGUCUUGCAACUCAUCAGAGAACUCAUACUGGAGAAAAACCGUAUGAAUGCAGGGACUGUGAAAAAGCAUUCUCCCAGAAAUCACAGUUAAAUACCCACCAGAGAAUUCACACUGGAGAGAAACCCUAUGAAUGCAGUCUUUGCAGGAAAGCUUUUUUUGAGAAGUCGGAGCUAAUUAGACAUCUGAGAACUCAUACAGGAGAAAAACCUUAUGAAUGCAAUGAAUGUAGAAAAGCCUUCAGGGAGAAGUCUAGUCUCAUUAAUCAUCAGAGAAUACAUACAGGAGAGAAACCCUUUGAAUGUAAUGAGUGUGGCAAAGCUUUCUCUCGGAAGUCACACCUUAUACCACAUCAAAGGACACAUACUGGUGAGAAGCCCUAUGGAUGCAGUGAAUGUAGGAAGGCCUUCUCUCAGAAGUCACAGCUGGUUAAUCAUCAGAGAAUUCAUACAGGAGAGAAGCCUUAUCAGUGCAGUGCAUGUGGGAAAGCUUUCUCACAGAAGUCACAGCUCAUCAAUCAUCAGAGAACUCAUACAGUAAAAAAAUCCUAGGAAUAAUAGGAGUCUUUGAUCAUAUCUUGGACUUCAGGAAAUACAAUUAUAACAGUUUUAGGCAGUCACAUUGUGUUAUGUGUCUCUACUCCAUUAGGAUGGGAAUUCUAUAAAUGAGGUGGUGUAUGGAAAGCUGGUCAGAAUUUAUAGAGAAUGACAGAUUGCAGUGUAUCUCAAAAACUUUCAAAACCCUAGUCAAGCCUUAUAGAGUAGAACAUUCACAGCAAAGAAGAAUCCUAUGAAUAUCAGAAAGCCUUCCAGAAGUCAAGUCUGCUAAGCUAUUAGAAAUAUUCCCACUGGGGAUAUGGGAAAACCCUAUGAAUGCAGGAAAUGAGGCAGUAUUUUUAAGAAAUGACAGUUCAUUUUACAUAAGAAAAUGUCCUUAGGAAUGGAAUUCUGUGAAAGUACUCAACAUGGGACAGUGCAACAAGUAACUGUUUUGUAUUUUGGAGAAUUCAUAUUAUGGAGAACCUAACAAUUUAAAGACACUGGGAAUACUUGCCCUUCAAUAUAGUACUAGCAAGGGAAGCCAUAUACCUUUUGUGGACAUAGGUACCAGAAAUACCCAAUUUUAAGUGGUUGGUAGAUGUUCACUUUGAAGUAUUAAAAAUUUGUGAAUAAAUUGGUCAUUGAAACAUCUAAGAAAUUUCUUCCUGUUAUUUGUGGCCUAUCUUGCAGUGUCACAUAAGCUUUGCAUUUGGGCUUACAUAUAAUUUAAUGUAAUUGGGAGUAUGAAAUGCACAUGCCUUAUAGUGCCUCUGAUGUCUGAAGACACACUACAUACUACUUGCUUUUAUUUUUUAAAAAUAAUACAAAAAAUGGAAACUCAUGUAACAUGGAUUACUUGGAUAAGUAGCUUAACUGAUGACAUUUCUUUUUCCUUAUUAUAGACAUAUAUAAGGGGGUAUUUUGUUUUUACUGAUCUUUCUGUUCAGUAACUGAAGCCAACAUUAUAUAAGCUGUCUGCAUCCUCAGAGACUGAGUAAUAGUUUAUAUAAAAUAAAUAUGCAAAGGCAGGAACCACAGAAUAACCAUAGUGAUACAUAACUGAAUGAGCAAAAUAAAGAUGCGUCAACGACAUUGCAACACCCAAACUAAAUGAAAUAAAGUAGUAAUGUAUCAAAUCUUUUUUUCAUUUAGUGAGAUGCCUCCAUACAUUAUAUAAAUGUAUCUUAAGUCAUGUGUAAUCCAAAUACCACUAUUUUAGUUUACUAUGAUAAGGUUUCAUAGAUAUUUUGCGCUGCUAUUAUGGUUUUUGUGUUGCAUAAAAUAUCUUUAAAAAUUAGAUGGAUAAGUGAAUUAAAAGUCACAUUAAUGAAGAUGUAAAGUAUUAGGGAAUUUUGUGCUAAAAAAACAUUUUUGACAUUCAAGAAAAUGUGUUUUAUCUUCCAGCAAAUUUCUUUGGUUGCUGGAAAAGUACAGAAGCUCCUGGACUUACAAUGGGGUUACAUCCCAAUAAACCCAUUGUAAGGUGAAACAUUGUAAAGUCAAAAAUGCGUUAAUACACCCAACCUAGCAAACGUCAUAGCCUGGCCUAGCCUACCUUAAACAUUCACAGAACACAUUCUAAUGUGUAUUCUGUUUUGUAAAGAGGUGUUGAAUAUCUCAUGUAAUUAUUGAAUACUGAAAGUGAAAAACAGUAGUUGUAUGGAUACCAUUGUAAUGCUGAGCAACUGUAAGUCACAUCAUCUUAAGUCAGGAACUGUCUGUAUUAGGAAACAAGAUUUCCAUUAUUUUAUCAUUUGAAAUAUGUUUCACUUUCUUUCACUAGUUGCAUUAUCUCCAUGGAAAACUUCAUAUUGAGAACUUAACCAUUGUAUAAGUAUGCCUCCAGUAAAAUGCAUGAGCCAUCCCUUAGCUAAGUAUGGAUUUUUUAAUGAUCUCUCAAUAAUGUUGCUUGACAAAGUUCAUGUUUUUUGUAUGCUGAUGAAAUUUAGAAAAGUCCAACAUUGAGCUUGAUUCCAAACUUAGGAAAAAUGAAGACUUCUUUUGUGUUCAAAUUGUUAUAUCAAUAUGGUAUAUUGCAUCUUUACCUUGAACAGUAUUUUCUUGAUUUUGCAACAUUUUGGUUAAGUUGGAAUUUUAAAUAAAUGAGAAUAAUUUUCUACACCAGCAUACCGGGAGUUCAACAGCCAUAUAAUUCUGUCUUUCCAUGCUGUAACUUGAAAGCAUCUAAUUUUCCAACUGUUAUUCAUACUUAAGUGUAUGAACUUCCUGGCCAGGCACAGAGGCUCACGUCUGUAAUCCCAGCACUUUGGGAGGCUGAAGCGGGUGGAUCACUUGAAAUCAGAAGUUCAAGACCAGCCUGGCCAACAUGGCGAGACCCCAUCUUUACUAAAAAUUUAAAAAAUCAGCCAGGCGUGGUGGCACAUGCCUUUAAUCCCUGUUACUCAGUAGGUUGAGGCAGAAAAAUCAAUUUAGGAGGUGGAGGUUGCAGUGAGCCAAGAUCGCGCCACUGUACUCCAGCCUGGGCAACAGAGUGAGUCUCUGUCUCAAGGAAAAAAAGUCUUCCUACUUUUUAAUAUCUUGAAGUCAUUUUACUAAAUGUGGGAGACAGACUUCUGCAAAUGAACAGUUACAGGGUGAUGUUGUAUUUUGUGAUUUUUGCCCUAUUUUUUCUUUCCAUCUAUUAUCAUUCUCUUUCCAACCCCAGUGAUUGAUUCAUUAGGUCUUGGAAAUUAUAGAUUAUUCCAUUAACUAUUAAGCAGUUAAACCUAAUACUUCCUACACUGGAUAAUGGAACUUCACCACUAGCCUAUUGAUUCAAUGCCCCAAAGCAGAAAUUUUUUCUAAACACCACGUGUUACAGGGAAGAUUGAUGCUGACAACAGAGGUCAAGCUAAGAACUGAUGGGGAGGUUCAAAUAUAUUGUGCACUAAUCACUGGAACUCACCAUUCUGGUGUCAUGAGAGCUCUGAUUCUAAAAUUAGAGAUUUUUAGUGUGUUUUUGAAAUUACCUUGGAAACCAUGAAACUAUGUCUCUGCAUUGCCACUUACUGGUUCCUACCACAAAUCCUACAUCAAGAAGAAAGUUUCAAAGUUAGAGUGGAUUUUUUAUUUUAUCAAGCACAAUAAGGUACAUUGAGGUAACAUACUGCAGGAGGCUAGAUACAGGAAGCAUCACCUUUUCUUGUUCUCUUACCAUCCGGGUCUACCUAGUGACCUGUAAUUGUGCACACUUCUACAAAGGACAGUUUACAUUGUUUUCCUUUUACUAGGUAGUGGUUUUUCUUUGAGGUCCAGACUGAAUUAUGAAACCUGUACCAGGAUUGCUUUCUGUUUGGUUUUUUCCUUGUGUAAUCUGGCAUGAGUAUCUAUGGAUCCGUAUAUUUGUGGUACUUUGGUUUCAAGAAUAUCACUUUUAGAAUGUUGAGAUAAAAUGCACCCAGAGAAUGCCAGAUUUAUCAAAAGUAACUUUAUAGCAGAAUCUAGAGCAAUAGGCAUUUGGAAUCUACAUUUGAGACCUCAGUCAUUUGGUCGUUCCAGCAAAAUGCGUUCAGGUUGCGCUUUGAGAGGUCGUGUUAGUGCAUACAUGUAUCAAUAAGAUUUCAGAUGUUCGAUAUCUAUCCCUGGCCUAACUGCUGAUAAACUUGACCACCCAUAACCCUUGCAGAUGCAUGCAUGUUUUCUGUACCUUGCGGUAAUUUUUUAGUCCAUUUUUCAUAUGUAUACGUAAGUGACUAUUUUUAAAUGCAACUCUGAUUACACAUGUCUCAUGUUGAAAUAUCAUGUGCCUCAUUGUGGACUUAAAAGUGUAAUAUUCUUAUGGAAUGCAAGGACUUUUGUACAAACCAAUGCCUAUUCACUGGUCCCUUCUGAAACUUUUUCCUCCUAUGCAAUAUUUUCUGGCCUCUGUGAACAACUUGUAGUUCUUUGAAAUUUCUAUUAUGUCUUAUGCUUUUGCAAAUCUGCCAUUGAAAUGCCCUUGUUCCUUGUUAAUGCCUAUCAAAUUUAUAUGAACCUGUACAUGUGUAUCUCACUGUGAUAAUAUAAUCAUUGCAUGUUUUAUCUUUUCCACUAUAAAGCUUCUAGAGAGCUAGGACUAUCUUUUUUUGUCCACAUAAUUUUAGCAUCACAAGCUGUAUUUAAAUGUGGGUGCAGUGAGUGGCUAUGUUUUCUACCACAUGGAGAAACAUGGUCUGCAGUGAGAGAAGAAUGAAGCCAUCAUGGAAGCAAAAUCAAGAGAUUCCUUAUUGUGUUCCAGUACCUGGUUCUUCUGGUCUCGAUGUCCAGGUCCACCUCUGCCCUUUUCAUACCUUAACUGUUGAAUUCUUCUCUGGGAUACUCCAAAUAUCCUAAUAAAUUCUCAUGUUUGCUUCA